AAAUCUGCAGUGUAGUGUCAAUUUGUCAUAUAUCGUGAAAUUUGUCGUUUGGUUUUGGUGAUGUGUUUCAAUCGACGAGUUGAAAAAUAAAUUAAGUUAAUUAAACUUUUAUUAUGUCGGUAUAUUAGCGUUAAUCAAAUCUCAGUGAGAAACAUGAAUUUUAACGCUUCAAGGAAUGUUGGUCAGGCUAGUGGUCCCCGUAAAGCAAAAAGGGUGAGCGAUGUUUCAGUUAUGGGAGCUCCAAGUCCAACUCAAGCAUUUAGUCCUCCUGGUACCUAUGAACAAGGUUAUGCACCAGCAGGACCGCCACCACCAUACCAACCAGGUAUCCAAUUUGAUACCAAUCAGGAUUUCGCAUCUCCUGCACCUGCGCCUCCUGGGAAUUUUGGAUAUAUGGCAGGAUAUCCACAGACUAUGCCAACACCAGCAAAUAUCGGCUCUAUGAUACAACAGCCAAUUAUACAGGACAUGGCGAUGCAGUACGGCAACCAGCUGGCGGCGCAGGGUCGCGAGGCCGUGUCCCGCGAGCUGGGCCGCUUCGUGCCCGUGUCCCGCCUGCGGUACUACUUCGCGGUGGACACCAGAUACGUGCUGCGGAAGCUCAUUCUCAUCAUAUUCCCCUAUACUCACAAGGAGUGGAUGGUGAAGUACGACCAGGAGAGCCCCGUGCAGCCGCGGUAUGACGUCAACGCGCCCGACCUCUACAUCCCCUCCAUGGGAUACGUCACGUACGUGCUGCUCGCGGGGUUCAUGCUCGGUAUCCAACACAGAUUCUCUCCGGAACAGAUAAGCAUACAGGCAUCAAGUGCUCUCGCCUAUAUAAUAUUCGAAAUGGUGCUGUACUUGAUGACGCUAUACAUCACCAAUACUACGACGGCGCUGAAGACCCUGGACCUGCUCGCCUUCUCUGGCUACAAGUACACCACAAUGAUAGCCAGCUUGUUGGCUGCAUUGCUCCUGGGCAGCAUGGGCUACUACUGCAGCCUUGUGUAUUGCAGCUUGGCGCUUUCAUUUUUUCUGGUGAAAACCCUUCGACUGCAGUUAUUAGCAGGGUCUCAAGGGCCUGAGCAGCCAGCAUAUGGAGGCUAUCCCAGCAAUUAUGGCAAUCCAAACCCAUACACCGAUAACUGGGCAAAGCCCUCCAGCAGUGGCACUAAGAGACGAGUGUACUUCCUUCUGUUUGUUGCGAUAACCCAGCCAUUAUUAUCCUGGUGGUUAACAUACCAUCUUGUGCCUUCUGCACCUUCAAUACCACCAGCUCGAUAGCGGAACAAAAUAACCCAUGAACAUCCAAUGGGUUGAACUUUUCAAGUGUCUGGAUUCAAUUUUAGUGCAGUGUGAUAUUUUUAUGUGUCAAUAGUUAAUAUUGUAAUAAUAUAAAGAUUUUGGGCCUUUAUUGAGACAUUUUACCUUUUUUACUUUAUUAAUAAGAUAACAAUCACUUGUUGUUUUCUUGUAGUUUUGAUUAGUAUAGUAGUUGUUGUUGCACAGAUAUUCAAUAGAAGGUUGGGAAGUAAUGCUUCGGUACUCUCGGUAUCUUCAACGGAACAUAUUUUUAUACAUAUGUUAAAAUUAGUCGAAAGUAUUAUGAAUCCCUUCAAAUAGCAGAGUAAAUAUUAUUAGUUAAUACACUUUUUGAUCUGACAUAUUAAAUAAUACUAAAAAUGAAUUAAGGCACUUCGAAAUUAACGUCUAAGAAACUAAAAAAAAUAUAUAUUGCAGAUAAAAUAUAUUUUAUUUGUGACGUUAUGUGAUAGAAAUGCAAUUACAAUUAACACGAAGCUGACUGAAUUUGGCGGGAAUGAUAAAUUUCUAACUUAAUUACACUGUAUACUAAAUUAUUUGGUACUUACAUUGAAACUGAAAUAUACUUAUACCGUGUAAUAAUUAUGUAAACAAUAAAGAAAUGUUAAAACUUC